AUGGAACUUUUUAAAUUGGGUAGAAUUAAUACACUUAUUGCUACUGAUGUGGCUUCUAGAGGUUUAGAUGUUAAAGAUAUUAAAAUAGUCAUUAAUUACGAUUUCCCUAAAAAUAUUGAAGACUACGUACAUAGAGUUGGAAGAACUGGAAGAGCUGGAGCUUAGGGUAAAGCUAUUUCUUUCUUAGACCCAAUUGAUGACAAAAGAAUUUCAAAAGAGUUAGUCGAUGUUUUGAAAUAAAAUAAUUAAUUUAUUAGUUAAGAAUUAUUAGAGAUGAGUGAUUCGAAAACUUUAUUUAACUUUAGGAGUCAACCUGUGAUAACUAAUAAUAAUACAUAUGUUAAUUAAUUACCAAAAUAAACAAAUAAAAACAAUUAAUAAGGCAAUAUUUAAUAAUAAAAUCAAUAAUAGAAUUAAUAAUAAGAUGUCUAAAAAUAAUAUCCUUAAUAAUAACAGUAAUAAGAAAUUUAAAAAUCUAAUUAAAAUGAAAAUAAUAAAUACGAAAAUAUCAGCUAAUAGUAAUAAAAAAGAAUAGGAUUUUUUAACACUAAAAAAUAAUAGUCACAAUAAUGA